AUGGAAUUUGCAGUUACAACAUAUGCUUUGUUUAAGCUUGGAGCUAUUUUGAAUCCGCUCAACCCUUCGUUUAAUACGAAGCAAGUGGUUGCAGCGCUGAAUCAUUUGGAGACGAGUCACUUGAUUAUUGGAGCAGAGACGAAUCUGUCGCGGAAGCCGCCGAGGUCGAAUGUUGAGAUGCUUACGCAUAUUGCUCCGGACAUCCAAGGCAGAGGCAAGUUGCAGUCGGAUUUGGUAUCUUCUCUGCAGCAUAUCGUGUUGGUCGACAACGCGGAAGGCCGGAUCAAUACGCAGGACUUGCGUGCCACCGUUCCUUACGAGGCUGUGCAGAAGGACAGCGAGCAGACUCUCCCGGAUCAGAACCUUCACAAGGACGACGUGGUCAAUAUACAGUUUACCAGCGGUACAACGUCGUCGCCGAAGGCGGCUUGUCUGUCACAUCGAUCGAUCCUGAACAACGGCAUACAAAUUGGCGACCGAAUGCUACUGACACCAGAAGACGUCGUCUGCUGUCCACCUCCGCUCUUCCACUGCUUCGGCUGCAUCCUUGGAUAUAUGGCAACCGCAACUCACGGUUCGGCGAUCCUCUUUCCGACCGAAGCAUUUGACCCACUGGCUUCGCUCAAGGCAGUGCAGGAAUACAAAGCCAGCGCACUGUAUGGUGUUGCGACCAUGUUCUUGGCAGAGCUGGAGCUGUUGAAGAACGGCACUGUACCUUAUGAAGGCUUCGAACAUCUUCGCACUGGUAUCGCGGCCGGUAGUUCCGUACCUUCCGAGCUUAUGCGAAAGCUUCACAAGAUUCUGAAUCUGACGGAGCUCACCAUCUGCUACGGCAUGACCGAGACCAGUCCCGUCAGCAUCAUGACUCGCACCGAUGACCCUCUCGACAAACGGACAGACACUGUCGGUAGACUACAGCCGCACGUCGAGGCAAAGGUUGUUGAGCCCGGCGACCCCAGCAAGAUUCUAGCCAUCGGCGAGCGAGGCGAGCUCGCAGUCUCCGGAUAUUUACUGAUGAAGAAAUACUGGGGCGAUCCUGAGAAGACUGCCGAAGUCAUGGUGCCGGACCAAGACGACCCGAGCAAGCUGUGGAUGCUUACCGGUGACGAAGCAAGUAUGGACGAAGAGGGCUACGUGGCGAUCACAGGGCGGAUCAAAGACCUCAUUAUCCGUGGAGGGGAGAACAUUUCACCGCUUGAGAUCGAAAGCUGUCUUCUCUCACAUGAUGAUAUUCUGGAGGCCAGUGUUGUCGGCGUGCCUGAUGAGCGGUACGGCGAGGUGGUGUCGUCGUUUGUUAGGAAAAGGCAGGGUUCGGCGUUGACGGCGGAUGAGAUACGGAGUUGGGUGAGGGAGAAGUUGAGUGGUCAUCUAGUACCGAAAUAUGUGUUCUGGGUCGACGACUAUCCCAAAACGGCUUCUGGGAAGAUUCAGAAGUUCAAGUUGAGGGAGAAUAGUGUACAGCUGCUUAGAGAUGGAAAAGGCUUGGAAUAG